AUGGAGGCAUUCGGUAUACUCGCCUCGGUUCCAGUCAACUACCACUACAACCAUCCUGAUUCGAACGUAUACCACACAAGAAAGCCUUUUAUUGACCUAUGUCCUCUCCAAAUUGGCAUUACUGUCUAUAUCCGCUUCCAGGACUUUGCGGACGCAAUGGAACCUUAUCGCGGGAACCAAGGUGACGAGGACUGGAAGACGAAGCUCCUUGUCGGCUGCCUGCAAAAGAUCAACUGGGGCCCACCGUUCCUGGCUCCAUUCUCGAACCAUGAUAGCCUAGCUAUUGAGCUACAGGGCAAAGGUUUUCCACAGUCUCCCCUUUCAGCAUUAAACGACAAAGCUGAACAAUGGCACCGAGCCGCGCGAAAAUCCAACGCGCGCUUACAGCGGCCAGAAUAUUUAUACGAGCGGAAGAUGAACCUCGGAGAAUGUGCUCUGUUUGAUAAUACAAGGACCUUGAAUUCGCGUCGUGCGUUUGAGAUGCAGGAUGUGGGUAAGGCACGGUGGUUAAGGGGGACUUGUGUGGAUAAGGAUCCCUGUCUCAAUAAACUGCGUGUUUUGCAAAGCAAGUUCGGAUAG